AUGCUUUUCCGACUUGAUGUGAUUGCUAUUCUGGCCCUACGCUACUUAUGGCUUUUCAUACGUCCGGUGACCGAGCAGCGACGUCCUAAUCGAGCCGAUGGAAAAACAGCGGAGCAGGCGAUGGCGGAAAUUCGAGCCGCGGUGGCCUCCGUUGGGACGCGAAAAACCCCGGAGCAGGCUCUUGCCGAGUUGAGGGCGAUUGCCGACAGGUAUCCUGCGGCUCGGAAUCCCGGUCAGCCGAAUCAACCUGGCCCGUCGGGGCUGCAAAAUCCCCCUGGUCCAUCGGGACCGCACGCUCCACCUGUAGCUUCUGCUGUAAAAACGCCCCGAGACUGGAUCGACCACUAUUAUGAGAAGUUUGAAGGAGGUGCAAGAAUGAACAAGGAUGAUUGGGCGCACUUGACGCGAGUGAGCGGCCACUCGCAAAAACAGCUGGAAUCCCAAAUGGAUCUGAGAAAGAAACUGAAGCGCCAGAUGGACUAUUGGCCAAGAUCGAGCCUGGAAAGAGAGAAGCUAAUCGAGCAUGUCUUUGGCAAAUACCAGGGAAUGGCGAACGUGCCUGCUGAUGAGAAAUCGUACCUCAUGCGACAGACUGGCAUGUCGCCGGCUGUGGUUGGU